GAUAAAUAUAGUAAUAAAACGUGACUGAAAAGUAGUCGAACUAGCAAUAUUCAAGAUGAUGGGUGCCAAAACUUGUGAAGCGCUGUUUUUGGUGGCGUUUGUGCUAAGUUUUUACGUGGACUCUUCAUUUACUAAAGAAUGCAACGCUAGUUCAUUCAAUUUGAAUGGAGGCUAUCUCAGAUACCUUGGAACUCUACCUGAACUGCCAGUCUUCACCUUAUGUAGAUAUUUUGAAGCUGACGCCGAUGGUUUGGUUCUUGGUGUCAUGCAAAGUUAUUCCACUGACAAACAGUUAAAUGCAUUUCUCAACUAUGGUGUAAAAUCAAAGAAUGGAUUCGACAUUCAUUUGAAUAUCGGCGAUCAAAGAAACGUUAUACGGAAUAUGAAAUUUCCUGCAAAUUCUGGAUUGCUGACUUGCCAAAUAUUUGAUACCGUAGAAGGAAAAAUUUACAGAAACUUGAAUGGAAAUUCUGGCCCUCCACUAAUAAUGAAUAACAUGAAGGCGUUGCCAGGUGGAGGCGAAUUAUUAAUCGGGAAGUCUCUUAACGAUUCAAUGGAUGGCUACAAAGGCAAAGUCAGUGGUAUUAUGAUCUGGGAAAGAAAACUCAGCGAUGAAGAAAUUGUGGCAAUAAUGAAUAACAAUGUUUGUCCCGAUGACACUAUCGUGGAUAUCCAGCUUGAUAGCGUUCAGCCGUAUGGAAGGUUUAUUCAGCAAGAAGAAUGCAAAAGUUCAGACUUCACUUUGGCAAAUUCAGAUAAAACAGUGCAUUAUGUUGAAUACACUGGCGCGGCACCGUCUUUGAGAAGUGCGACUAUAUGUGCAUGGGUGACAACAGCAAAUGAUGGUUCAGUUCCAGGAACUGUUGGGACUUACGCUGCUGGAGAUGAAAUCGACCUCAUAUCAUCAAUUGGUGAAAUUAUAGACGGCGUCCCUUAUCUGCAAGUUGGUGUAAAGGGGAUAUAUGAUCGUAUAAAACUAGCAUUGGAAGGGAAUACUGAAUACAGUUUCUGCCUCGCAUACGACAACAUGUUUUCAAAGAAAGUUUACGCCUAUCUUAACGGAGACUAUGUUGCGGAGAUUCAAUUUGAAGGACUUGGGGAAAUACCGGGUGGGGGGAAAAUAAUCAUCGGGCAAAGACAAGGAUGUGUUGGUGGAUGCUUCGACAAAAACAAAGCAUUCAAUGGAAGAAUUCGGAACUUUAGUAUUUGGGCACGACUACUAUCAAUCGAAGAGAUUCGAGAUAUUGCAUUGUCGAAUAAAUGCCCCAUUGAUGACGUGGUAGAUAUGACGCCAAGUAAUGUUAUUGUUCACAAAGUCAAAUAAAGAAUCUCAGUAAUAAAAAA